AUGUCGUCAGCACACCCAAGCCCGGCGCGCACGGCUCAAAGCCCGCCUCCAAACCGCCAUGCUGCCCUCUCCGACGACGAGCCCCGCCGACGCGUGUCUAAGAAGCUGCAGAAGCGGAGGACGGGCCAUACCCCCACGAUGGAGCUCCCCGAGAGGUUAAAGGAGUCGACCGACGGCGCCGACGAUGAGGAGGACGUGCGCGUCCCUACCCAGGGCGCCGGCAUGCCGAUGAACAUGAACCAGAGCAUAUUCGGCCUCAUUGCCGCUGCCGGCUCCAAGGUUGACUUCAACGACCGCUUCGAGAGCCAAUCCAGCGACGAGGACGAGGACUCGUCCGUCAGCCACUCGAGCAAGGGCGGCCGGGAUGGCGACCUGGCGCAGACGACGAUCCUGUCCAAGAAGGAAGGCAGCAAGCGCGAUGCACACAAGCGGAAGCUGUCCGGCCACAGACUGCUGCAUUCACUACCCUCGCUCACGACCAAGCUCUCCCUCAAGCACAAGAAGUCCUCCAAGCCGAAAACUUCCCAGAUCCUCGAGGAGAGUGCAGAGUCCGGCGACUCCUCGCCCCAUCCCGGCACCUCCCUGUCGCAAGAGCUCAGCCGAGGCGAGGGUCGCCUGCCUCCUGUCAUGAGCAGGAUGCUCGAGGCCAAGGCCGAGAUGGCGUCCCGGCCUAGCUUCGAUCUUGAACGCGCGUCGAUGGACCUCGGCGGCGGAAGCACGGGCCCGAGCCCGCUGGCCCGGAGGCUGAAGGACAUCUUCCGCUUCGACGAGCCCGAGGAGGUCAUCGAGGAGUACCCCUGCUGGCUACUGCAGAGUGUUCUAUUGCAGGGCUACAUGUACAUCACAUCCAAGCAUAUCUGCUUCUAUGCCUACCUCGCCAAGAAGGCGCACGAGGUCGCCAAGUCCGGAUACCUCUCAAAAUCUGGCAAGCACAACCCGGCCUACAACCGCUACUGGUUCCGACUCAAGGGCGACGUCCUCGCCUACUACCGCGAUCCCUCAAAUCUCUACUUCCCCAGCGGCCAGAUUGACCUGAGAUACGGCAUAUCCGCCAGCAUCGUCGACAAGGACAAGGAUGGCAUGCACUUCAACGUCGUCACACACCACCGCACAUACCACUUCAGGGCCGACAGCGCGCCCAGCGCCAAGGAAUGGGUCAAGAGUCUGCAGCGCGUCAUCUUCCGCUCCCACAACGAGGGCGACAGUAUCAAGAUCUCGCUGCCCAUCCAAAACGUGAUCGAUGUCGAGGAGGCGCAGAUGAUUGACUUUGCCGACACCUGCAAGGUCCGGGUCAUUGACAACGACGAGACAUAUGCUAUCGACGAGUACUUCUUUUCCUUCUUUGACCACGGUGCCGAGGCAGUCAACGUUCUGAAGAUCUUGGUCGACGAUGCCGCGCAACAGGCGCAUCAGGAACGAGGAGGAGCAGUCCCACCUAUCGCCGAAGAGGAGUAUGAUGUCAACGACCAGGCUUCUUCCAAGAAGAGCUCGCCCAACGCCAGCAAGGACCGCUUGACGCCGCUCAAGAUAGGAAACACGAAGCUCAAUGACUCGGUCCGGGCGACAUUGUCUCCGUUGUCACCAGCCAGCCCUCGUAGCGCGAGCCCUCGGCCUAGCGGUGAGAUGAGCCGAAGCAGCUUCGACGCAUUCCGUCCCUUUGGUCGCAGGAGUGUCGAGGUUGGACGGGCGCUGCGCGAAGAUUCUCCCCGCCGAAGCUUUAGCGACAGUAGGAGGUCCUUGAGCAGGAAUCGCUUGGGCGACAGGACCCCGACAGAGAAGCACGGUUCGUCUGAUUCGUAUGUCCAGUCUCUCGAGGAGCCCAGCCAGGCGUCAUUGUCGGCCCUCGUGGCAUCUUCGAGCGAGGACCCCACGGCCAGUCAGAUCUUGAGGGGGAGCGACGUGUUUCACCGGCCCACUGUCCAGCGUUCGGCGUCUGCCUCUCGCAGGCGGGAGCAGGAUCCUGUUCUCGGCAGCGAAGCCCACAAGCCACGUUCCCCCAGGCUCCAACCUUACCGGCCGAAGCAUGCCGCUACCACCGGCUCGGUGGCCGACCACCCUGGUGAGCUUGGUGACAUGCAGACGCCCACCACGCCCACCCUUCAAAAUCUUGCCAAGAUGGGCUCCUACCCCCUGCAGCGGGCAGGGCUCUAUGCCGGCUGGCUCAACAAGCAGUCGCGCCGCAUGAGCAAUUUGCUGGCAACCGAGUCGAUGGGCUAUGUAGAAAAGGUCUCGGGCAUGUGGAAAGGCGGCAAACGACACUACGACGAGCCUGCCGGCCUGCGCACCGACGACGAGCUGGACGACGAGGAGAACGACAAGGUCGCUACCUCCAUGGAGCGCUUCCGCGCGCACUUUGCCCUGCCGGAGUCUGAGAGGCUGCAGGCGACGUACUUUGGGUUCUUGAUGAGGGUGUUGCCGCUCUACGGCAAGAUCUACAUCAGCGAUCGGUCCUUUUGCUUCCGCAGCCUGCUCCCCGGGACGAGGACGAAGCUCAUUCUUCCGCUGAAGGAUAUCGAGAAUGUGGACAAGGAGAAAGGCUUCCGGUUCGGGUACUCUGGUCUCGUCGUUGUCAUCCGUGGGCACGAGGAGCUCUUCUUUGAGUUCAAUCAGGCUGAAGCACGGGAUGACUGUGCGAUUACUCUGUUGCAGAAUCUGGAAGCUGUGCGGUAUCUUCGAGAGUCGGGCAUUCUUGGACAAGAGGAGAAAGAGGACGCCGAAGAGGCUAUCGCCGAGCGGGAUGCCUUGCAAGAGGCUCGAAAGGUGGAGUAUCCGGAUCACGAGGUUAAGUUGCCCCGUGACACAUCCGGCGUCUGCGCCGACUCGCCGACAAUCCUCUUCGAUGACCCCAAGGCUUCAUUCCUCAACUUCAAGCCCACCGAGCCUCUGCGCAUCACCUGUCUGACUAUCGGCUCGAGAGGAGAUGUGCAGCCCUACAUUGCGCUCUGCAAGGGUCUGCUAGCGGAGGGCCACAAAGUGCGCAUUGCUACGCACGCCGAGUUUGAGGACUGGAUCCGUGGACAUGGCAUCGACUUUCGCUGCGUGGAGGGUGACCCCGGCGAGCUGAUGAAGCUGUGCAUCGAGAACGGCACGUUUACGCUGCAGUUCCUGAAGGAGGCCAACUCCAAGAUGCGCAGCUGGCUCGACGAGCUGCUCACGUCGGCCUGGACGGCCUGCCAGGACUCGGACCUGCUCGUCGAGUCGCCCUCGGCCAUGGCGGGCAUCCACAUCGCCGAGGCGCUGCAGAUCCCCUACUUCCGCGCCUUCACCAUGCCCUGGACGCGCACGCGCGCCUACCCGCACGCCUUUGUGACGCCCGAGCACAAGAUGGGCGGCGCCUACAACUACGUCACCUACGUCAUGUUUGACAACGUCUUCUGGAAGGCGACGGCGCACCAGAUCAACCGCUGGCGCAACAAGACGCUCGGCCUGCCCAACACCAACAUGGAGAAGAUGCAGCCCAACAAGGUGCCCUUCCUGUACAACUUUUCGCCCUACGUGGUCCCGCCGCCGUUGGAUUUCAGCGACUGGAUCCGGGUGACUGGGUACUGGUUCCUGGACGAGGGGACGGGCGCCGUCACCGGUGGUAGUUCGAAGGAUGGUGGUGGUGGUGGGGAUAGGGAUGAGGGUGAAGGCAACGGCGAGAAGACGGCCGUGACACCGCCGCCAACGACGACGACCACGAAACCCGCUUGGAUGCCGCCUGCGGACCUGACGGCGUUUAUCGACAAGGCGAGGCAGGACGACAAGAAGAUUGUCUACGUCGGCUUCGGGUCCAUCCUCGUGCCGGACCCGGCCAAGAUGACGCAGGAGGUCAUCGACGCCGUCCUCAAGGCCGACGUGCGCUGCAUCCUAUCCAAGGGGUGGUCGGACCGCAUCGUCACGGCCAAGGAGAAGGAGAAGGCGGCGCAGGGGGACCCCGCCGCCGCGGCGGCCAACGACGCGAGCAAGCCCGAGGUGCCCCUCCCGCCCGAGAUCUUCCAGAUCAAGUCGGCGCCGCACGACUGGCUGUUCGCGCAGAUCGACGCCGCGGCGCACCACGGCGGGUCCGGGACGACGGGCGCGUCGCUGCGCGCGGGCGUGCCGACUAUCAUCCGGCCCUUCUUCGGGGACCAGUUCUUCUUCGGCGCGCGGGUCGAGGACCUGGGCGUCGGAAUAUGCCUGCGCAAGUGGGGCGCCAAUUCCUUCGCGCGGGCGUUGUGGGAGGCGACGCACAGCGAGAGGAUGAUUGUCAAGGCGAGGGUGCUAGGGGAGCAGAUUCGCAAGGAAAACGGCGUCGACACGGCGAUCCAGUGCAUCUACCGCGACCUCGAGUACGCCAAGUCGCUGGUCAAGGCCAAGGCGAGCAAGAACGCGGCGCACCAGCAGCGCGUGGCGUCGGCGGCUGGCGGUGCCGGCGGUGGUGGUGGUGCCCUCGCGUCGGCGAGUAGCGACGCCACGGACGCGGACGACGAGGACGACGACGUGACGGAGGAGAGCUGGACGUUUGUGGGCGCCGGGGCUGGCGGCUUUGGCAGAGUGGGAGCGGCGGCAGAGGCGGGGGAUGCUAAUAGCACGGAUGCGGACUCGCUCAUGGGGAUGAGGCAGAGCGUUAUACUCUCGCCUGAGGGGGCUGGUGCGGAUGGUGGGCACGGGCAGGUCCUCGGGAGCAGGGCUUUGAAGACGGGGUUGUGA